AUGAGCACAGAGAGUAUGAUCCGAGACGUGGAGUUAGCAGAAGAGGCUCUCCAAAGGAAGGCGAGGGGGCCCCAAGGCCCUGGCCGCUGCCUCUGCCUCACACUUACCUCCUUCCUUCUUCUUGCUGGGGCCACCAUUGUCUUCUGUCUGCUGCACUAUGGGGUGAUCGGACCCCAGAAGGAAGAGUUCAGUUUUAAACUUUCAUUUCUUGCUUCUCUUUUCUCCCCCAUCCCAGGAUCCAGUCAGACCGAAAGUGACAAGCCUGUAGCUCAUGUUGUAGCUAACCAGCAGGCAGAGGGACAGCUCCGGUGGUUGAAUGGGCUUGCCAAUGCCCUCCUGAACAAUGGCAUGAAAUUGGAGGACAACCAGCUGGUGGUGCCAGCCACUGGGCUCUACUUGGUCUACUCCCAGCUCCUUUUCAAGGGCGAGGACUGUGGCAGUGAACCUCUGCUCCUCACACACACCAUCUCACGGGUUGCACUCUCCUACGAAAAAAAAGUCAGCCUCCUUACUGCCAUCAAGAGUCCAUGCCAGAAGCAGGGAGCUAGGGAAGCCAGUCCCUGGUAUGAACCCACCUACCUGGGUGGUGUCUUCCAGCUUGAGAAAGGUGACAGGCUCAGCGCUGACACCAACUAUCCAAAAUAUCUUGACUUUUCUGAGUCUGGCCAGGUCUAUUUUGGGGUCAUUGCCCUUUGAGAGAAGUGAAGUCAUACCCCUAUCCCUAUGCCCUUCCUCACUCCUCACUCACCUUUAUCAAACUUUCUCCAUGUCCCUUGAUCACCUUCCUUUUCUGGGCCUGGAAAGUGGUGUAAAGACUGGGAACUAGAGUUUAAAACAAUCUAGAAUAUGACAAAAGACAUUGAGAAAACAAAAAAUCAGAAGAGAGUAGUACUAUAAACUGGUAUUGGCUGCAUAUCAAGGAUCAUAGAAAUAGACAUCAAGAAAUCCAUAUGCUGAAAGAAAUUUAGAACCUAGCUCCAAACUGGAAACCCAGGACCUACAGUGGAGUGCCCAGGACAUAGAACAAGGGCCAAGCUUUGAAGCCUGACCUAAGGAAAAGGGCCCUCUUUCCUCUAGAACACUUCC